AAUACACUACACACUACAAACAAAGGGCCCCACACCUCAUGCUGGAAGAUGUUGGACGAGAAGGCUGAGAAAGCUAAAUCUAUUCAUAGACGACGAGUCGUUCAACACUAGGUCGAAGAGCAGCUUCAGACUCAAUUUUAGAUUCGGCAGUAUACUUGCCAAGCUUUUGUAGACCAGGAGGGCAAGAAGAAGAAGCGCAACCAGAUCCACCAGAAGCUGAAGCAAUGGAAGAAGGGGCUGUACCCAAAUGCACAUCAUCCCAAGUUAAGAGUCGAACAUCGAACAUAGUAGCAGACGAAAUAAUCCCUUCGACUAAAGAACUUCAGGAACUGGCUGAAGGCCUGAACCUCAUGAGAACGGGCAGUAAUAGUGAGGACCAGAUGCUCUCCGACUUCGAUGAGCACACGGGCAAAAGGGAAUGACGCCGAACAUAAAGAUUGCUCAGAUCAAUCUACAACAUGCGGUUGCUGUCUCGGCGGUAAUAACGCAUAAAAUGGCCACGGAUAAUCUGGGCGUUGUACUGGCACAGGAGCCAUGGACCUGCAAAAAAUUUAUAAGUAUAGUUUUGGUAGCGAUGCAAAUUAGAACGAAAGAAGAAGAAGGAAGUGGAGAUAACAUUGUAGUUGCAUACGGAAACUUCCCUGGAGACAGCAACAUUAUACCAAUUCCAAAGUCGGAACUGCUAAUAGAUUACUGUAAGAAAGAAAGAACUCCGCUAGUAAUAGGCUGCGAUACAAACGCGCAAAAACAACAUGGGAAAGUACCGACAACAAAGUUAGAGCUGGCUAGCCAAAUAACUGGCACUUCACUACAUCGCAAAGCUAUAUCAACCGCUAUAAAUGGCAAAGUUGAAUUACAAACAACAACACCGCCAUAUUGGCUGAUAUUUAUCGAGCUACACAAUUGA